GCUCUCUGGUUUAAAUUCAGCCAAUCUGAACCUUAAGCUCUCCAUGAUUUCUCCAUUAGUAGGACCCAUUUUAACAGAAUUCGAUACUGAAGGCUCAUGCCACUGUUUUUGUUUGUUCAUGGUUCCUCCUCCGUUUCCUCCACCAGCCUUGCUUCCUCCACUUACCCUCCCUGCAAUCUCCACAUUUCCAUUGAGUUGGGUAUCCUUCAAAUCCAAUACCCCUGAAUGGGCUGUCUUGCUUCUCGAAUUCCUUUACUGGUUUUUCUUUGAUCUUCAUUUCAUCAAUUGGAUUUCUUUUCAGUCUCCAUUUCAUCACCUGGAGUUUUUACUUGAUCAUGAAAUCUUGUUAGUUCCCACAGCCAGUUAAACAAGCAUAACGAUGGCUUUUAUCGGCUCUCUUUCUUCUGUCGUCGAGACGGCAGUGGAAAAUUCUGUUCUUCAUACUGGAAAAUUUUCACGACCUAGGGUGUUUUCUUCCGCGUCUCGAGGAAGACAUUCUCUUAAUUACGGUUUAAAUUCUUCAAAAAUUGGCUUCUCCCAACCUGUCGAAGGAGAAGAAUUCCCCGCAUUAUCCUGCAAUUAUGUGAAAAUGCUAAAUAUGUAUGGCAGAGGACAACCUCGAGGGAUUAACCGUCCGAGAGCAAUGAGGAAGAAACCUGUAGAAAGAGAAGAUGGUGACGAGUCCGAGGAUGCUAUCAAGGCUACAGAGGAGAAUGGCAAGAAAGUUCUAGCUAAGCAAAAACAACUACGUCAACGGACAGCAGAAAGGAGGAAAUUUGUUUCAUCUAUAAGAAAUAGUAAUAUCAACACAGAACAAGAUUCAGGGUCUUAUAAUGAGACCGAUAACUCAUUUCCAUCAAAAGAUCUUUCUUCAGUGGGUAGUGGCAGUACUGGUGGAAAGUAUGCUAAAAAGAUCAAUUCCAGAAGUUACAAUCGUUCAACUAAAGUUAGGAAAUCAGAAACCCCAUCUGUUGGUAUUAAUGGAGGUCUUAGUGAURAAAGGAAGCAAACUGAAAGAAAUUUAUCUCUUGGAAAGGAUACAUCAGAUAUAGAUUUCAAAGAUGUUAAAGACACCAGUUCUGGAACAGUUAAUUCUGAUAUGGUUCCAACUUUUCUUGCAAAAACAUCKGGAUACAAUCUAAAUGAUGAAAAUGCUGAGUUGGAAGAAGCAAGUUUAGGAGAUGAUGUAAUGAACAGGGAAGCUAGUGUAGUUUCUGAGGAUGAAACUGUAAAGUCUCCUCCUUUGGCCGGGGACAAUGUCAUGAACAUUAUAUUGGUAUCUGCAGAAUGCGCUCCUUGGUCGAAGACAGGUGGACUUGGCGAUGUUGCUGGGGCUUUACCGAAGGCUUUGGCUCGGCGUGGACAUAGAGUUAUGGUUGUGGCACCACGGUAUGGUAACUAUGCAGAAGUCCAAGAAACAGGAGUGCGCAAGAGAUAUAAGGUGGAUGGGCAGGAUAUGGAGGUAACUUUCUUUCAAGCUUAUAUUGAUGGCGUGGAUUUUGUGUUCAUGGACAGCCCUAUGUUUCGCAAUAUUGAGAAAAAUAUAUAUGGGGGAGGCCGAGAGGAUAUUUUAAAACGCAUGGUUCUCUUCUGUAAGGCUGCUCUUGAGGUUCCUUGGCAUGUUCCAUGUGGUGGGGUCUGCUAUGGAGAUGGAAAUUUGGUUUUCAUUGCAAAUGAUUGGCACACUGCUUUGCUACCAGUCUAUCUGAAGGCAUACUACCGUGACAAUGGUAUAAUGAAAUAUACCCGGUGCGUUCUUGUGAUCCACAACAUAGCACACCAGGGUCGUGGUCCAAUAAGCGAUUUUCGUUAUGUGGAUCUUCCACAAAACUACAUAGAUCAUUUCAAACUACAUGACCCAGUAGGUGGGGAACACUUCAAUAUCUUUGCAGCUGGCCUGAAAGCAGCAGAUCGUAUAGUCACUGUAAGCCAUGGUUAUGCCUGGGAGCUGAAAACUAAAGAAGGUGGCUGGGGUCUGCAUCAAAUAAUAAAUGAGUGUGAUUGGAAGCUGAAGGGCAUCGUGAAUGGGAUUGAUGCAAAAGAAUGGAACCCACAGUUGGAUGUUCACCUGGCAUCUGAUGGCUACACCAAUUACUUUGUGGAGACUCUUCAGACUAGCAAGCCUCAAUGCAAAGCAGCUCUACAAAGGGAGCUUGGUCUUCCUCUUCGGGAGAAUGUUCCUCUGAUUGGGUUCAUUGGCAGGCUUGACCAUCAGAAAGGUGUUGAUCUCAUUGCUGAGUCCAUUCCUUGGAUGGUGGACCAGGAUGUGCAACUAGUCAUGUUGGGCACUGGGAGACCUGACCUGGAACAGCUUCUCAGACAUUUUGAGAGCCAACACCAUGACAAAGUCAGGGGUUGGGUUGGUUUCUCUGUGAAAAUGGCUCAUCGAAUAACUGCUGGUGCAGACAUCCUACUCAUGCCUUCUAGAUUUGAGCCAUGUGGACUGAACCAGCUUUAUGCAAUGAGCUACGGGACAGUCCCUGUUGUUCAUGCUGUUGGUGGACUGAGAGAUAGUGUGCAGCCGUUUGAUCCAUUCAAUGAAUCUGGAUUUGGCUGGACGUUUGACAGGGCUGAAGCAAUUAAGCUGAUACAUGCAUUGGGGAACUGCUUACUAACUUACCGGGAGUACAAGAAAAGCUGGGAGGGGAUCCAGAGACGUGGAAUGAUGCAAGACCUAACCUGGGACCGUGCUGCUCAAAAUUAUGAGGAAGUUCUGGUUUCUGCAAAGUAUCACUGGUGAUUCAUUCAACAUAAGGAGUUCAGCUUUUUAGAUUUUCUAACUUUGUCUUUGAGGUCAAUGCAUGUAUCUGGAGCCAUCUAUGCUUGGAGGCCUCAUGCUUUCUUUUAUUAGUAAAUGCUGUCUAUUUCUUUCUCUUCCUGUUCUAGAAAUAACUUCAAGGGGAGAGCAUCUCCUCUGCUAGAUCUCUAGGGCCAUUAACUGAGUUUAAAGUUUAAAUACCCAAUGAAAAUCCAGUUUUUCUUUCUGGUUUAUGUAAGGGUAAGCAACUUUAGUUAUUAAAAAAAAGGGUAAGCAACCUUGUUAGAAAUC